AUGUUUCCUCUUCUGAUUCCCCUUGUUUUCGGCGCUGGCGCCGCGUUCUUAUCGAACGUACAGCACGACGUCGACGUCAACGUCGAUCUCGACGGCGACCGCAUGGUCGCGCGCGCGAUCGAGAUACUCGAGCUAAAGAAAAGACUCGACACCGCGGAAGGCGCGCUGCACGACACGCUUGUUUGUGUGCGCCUAUUACUCUUGGUCGUGUGUAUGUGGUAUGUGGUGAGGGCGGUGAUGUGGGCGGUGUGGUGCUGGAGAGGGGAGAGGGAGAAGGGGCGCGAGCCGGUCGUGUAUGUUGUGCUGGGGGCUGGGGUUGGGGCGAGGGCACUCGAGGCCGGGGAGUUGGCUGACCUGCAACUGGUAUGUGGUUCGUUGUCGUCGCAUUUUGAAGACGAGGACCUGAACGGAUGCGAUCUAGCACGGUACUACCGUAUCGCGGCAGCGAGCCAGGAGCUCGUUGUAACAUUGUCUUUCAUCUUUGGUUGA